AUGGCGGGCGCGCUGUUGUCGGCGCUGCUGGGCGUCGUUCCCGGGGCUGCUUCCCAGCAGAGGCGGCCCUUGGUGGUGCUGGGCCCCGAGGCUUCUGGCCGCUCGGCGCUGCUCUUCCGGGCGGCGCUGCUUGCCUCCGGCGUGGCCGCGGCUCCGGCCUCCGUGAUGUUCCUGGCGCCGCGGCCCUUGCAGCGCCUGCCUUGCGCUGGAGGCCUCGACGCCGUCGCGAUGCAGAGAAUCCAGUUCCUGUACCCACCAUCAUCUCAGCUGCUGUUUCAGGUUUUGGCCAACCUGCAGCAGACCAGCUGCCCCAUCCUAGUAGUGGUGGAUGGCUUGGAGGAGUAUUUGAAGAGUUGCCCUGGACCGAGUGUGGCUGCUCAGUUGGUGGCCUUGCUGCUGGACACGGUGAAUCAUUUCAGCCAGAAGCUCAGCCGUGUGUCUUCAGCCUGCCAGCUCCUCGUUUCCAUGAAAUCUCCAGGAGAAGCUGGGGAAGAUGGAGGGCAUUUUUCAACAGUUGAACGCUACUUCCAGGCCCAGAUGUGGCUGCACCCAGAGGCAGAGGAGAGCGUAGGCCCAGCAAGCCAUGGUGCCACCAAGGUGGUUAGGGCACAUCUCUCCCAGCCCGGGUCUCAAGAUCGAGAAUGGCUGUUGAGAUUUGAGCCUGAAGGCCAAAUGAAGAUCUCUCCACUUCCCUGCAAAAGUGAAGACAGCCGUGGCGCAGCCGCACAGAAUGACACACCUGCAGAGGCUGAAGCCCAGGUAUUUCUGCCUGGCUCUCAAUCUUAGAUCUCUGGUGAUCCUUUGUUGUCUUCUUUUAAAGCAGUGGUUCUCAACCUAUGGGUCCCCAGUUGUUUUGGCCUACAACUCCCAGAAAUCCCAGCCAGUUUACCAGUUCUUAAAAUUUCUGGGAUUUGAAGGCCAACAUAUCUGAGGACCCACAGGUUGAGAACCACUGUUCUAGAGGAGUCCCAUGGUCUACAGCAAACUUCUUCAAUUUGCAGCCCUCUAGGUGUUGGGCCUCAAUGAACUGCAAUUCCUAGAAUUCCUUAAAGUGCCAUUACAGUUAAAGUAGCUUCAGAUAUAGGCUUUUUAUAAAUUACAUAUGAUAUGUGUUAUAUUUUAUUGUUUAAGCUCAGCCAACUACCUUGGUUUUUCACAUGAUGCCUACCCAAACAAAGUCGUUAAACAAUCAUUGCCAAACAUGCUUGUGCUGCUUCUCAUGAAAGAUCAGUAUUUUCUUAGAGCAUAUAAAAAGAUGGAAAAAAAUGUACAGUAGAUGGAAUAAGACAGAAAGAGUCUUGAAUGUUAUUAUUCAGGCAUCAGUCUGAACACAUAGGUUGCCCUGCCAUGAAAUAUAUCCUUCAUCCGUCGGUCUCCCCUGAUGUUUGACUACAACUCUCAGUAUUUUUCAUUGAUGGCCAUUUUAGAGGUUGUAAAAUGUGUUGUUUAUCCAGAGAGAAGCUUAGUAUUUUUCUAAUAAAACAAAAAAGUUAGGCCCAAACACAAGAAACACAAUGGGUAGUAGUGAUGUAUCUCUCAUUCCAAGUGAGAGAGAUUCUUGCAGAUAGGCCUCUUUAACCUGUGGCCCUCCAGGUGCUUUGGUAUGUAUAUCUCAUUCUGUAUAUCUCAUUUGGUAAUUAUUCAAGUCCAUGUAUUAUUAUUAUUAUUGUAAGUUUGUAGGAAUAGGAUGUAAAUUGGUGAGGUUCAAGUGAGGGAAGAAAUUGGAAUUAUUAUAUAUUUGUGCAGCGAAAAAUCUUUCAAUAAAAUGCUCAAAACAUAA